CUGCUGCUGCCCUGGACAUUGAUGCUCGAGUUCAGGCCCAACUUAACAAUAUAAAACAUGUUGCGCCGCGCAUGUUGCAUGCGGUUAAAUGCAACCUUGCUCGACAGUUGCAGUAUGUUUGAAACGAACUUGUUGCAUGAAGCGAAGUAACGAAACAUGAAACGAUAUAAAGUCACUGUUACACAAAAAUAUCGAUAAAUUGUUGUAGCGAUGAUUUAAGGAAACAUUUUUUUACUGUCCCAUCUCUAGCUGAAGACAACAAAAAUAGCUAAAUGUUAUUUUUCUGAAAGUGCCACCAUAGAUCUGAUGCCAUGUCCCCGGCGUUAGACCUGGGUAACUCUGUAGAGCCGUACCACAACCUGGACAGCGGAAGCGUUGGAAAGGACACCUCACCUUGCACCUCUUCCUCACCAUCGGUCCGUCACGCAAUGGGGCAGGGAACGUCAUGGCUGCGACAAUGUCGGCGGUACAAACUUCUUGCCGUGAUCCUAAUGCUGCUAUUUUUCGUAUCCUGCCUUGCAUAUAGAAUACUUAGUUCUGAGCAGGAUGCUCCGUCCUUGGAUGUGCACCGCAGUUCCCCUCUACUGGAUGCCUAUGAAGACUUUUCUGCUAUGCGAGCCGGAGAUCUUAAAAUGCGCAUAGAGGAGUUAGUUCGAAUAAAGAGUACAGUUUCGGUGGAACUGCGAGAACUGGAGUCCCGACGCCAAAAGCUGCAGUCUGACAUCAGUCAAUACAAUCAAAAAAUCGAGGAGCUUAAACAGGAGCUAUUGCGAGAGCAAACAGAACUAGAGCGCCUUAAAAUCUCAGUGGAGCAAGCCCAGGUGGCUCAGCGGGAAGCAGUGCAACGGAAUACACCCGAUCUAGCCUUGCCGCGCUCUCUAUUGCCAAACACCUUGCCUCGAAGGAUGAGUCCUAUUUCAUGGGGCAUGGCAGCCAGCUGCGAAAUGCACAACUGCUUCAAUCAUUCUCGAUGUAGUUUGACCUCUGGCUUUCCUGUGUACCUGUACGACCCGGAUGAACAUAGCGUGCAAAAACAUGGUUAUGAUAUUGACGGUUUCUUAAAGACCACUAUUAAGCAAACAUUGGGAUACAAUGCGCAUAUUGUAAGAGACCCUAAAAUGGCGUGCAUUUAUUUGGUGCUCGUGGGUGAGGCUCUUCUGGAGCAGGAUUUGUUAAGGAACAAUCGGUACGCGGCACAGGAAGCCGAGCAGCAGGUUCCCUCCACUCCGGGUCAAGCAGACGAAUGCCCUGUGGAUAUGGAAAAAUUAUAUCGGUUGCCAUACUGGGGCGGCGAUGGACGAAACCAUGUACUGCUAAACCUUGCUCGGAGGGACCUCUCUUCACGACGCACAAAUCCGCUUCACAAGCAAAACACCAUGCGCGCCAUUGUCGUGCAGAGUGCAUUCGAACGGGAACAAUUCAGACCUGGCUAUGAUAUCAUUGUGCCGCCAAUAUUAGGUCCCCCAGGUGGAGAUGUUUGGCAGGAGUGUGCUGGGAUGGUUCCAGCUAGGCGGAAGUACCUGCUUACAUUCCAGGGUGAGUUAAGACCAAAGCAAAAAGCCUCAGUGAGGUUGGAUGAUUUUAUAAUCGAGCACCUGACGGAUAUGGCCAAUGGAGCUACGCAGGACCAGUUUGUGCUCCAAUUCCAGUGUAAUCCAGCCACGGAACAGCAAGAGGCAGACUCUGUGCCGGACUGGACACUCUGUGGCUCAGACUCUUCCCGAAAGCAACUACUGAAAGAUUCUACUUUUGUUUUGAUUCUGCCUCCUUUAAACGGAAGAGUGUCAUCUACGCUGAUGCUUGCUAGGAUUUACGAAGCUUUGCGUUCAGGAGCCAUACCAGUGAUCCUAGGAUCUGAUGAGCUUCGCCUACCAUAUGCUGAAACACUAGACUGGAGGCGGACUGCACUUCUCCUUCCUAAAGCUCGAAUCACAGAACUCCACUUCCUGCUACGCGCUGUUCAAGAUGCGGAUUUGCUUUUGCUGCGUCGCCAGGGACGGCUUAUUUGGGAGCGAUACCUCAGCUCGGUGCAGGCCACAGUCGAUACGGUUAUUGCCAGUUUGCGUGAUCGAUUGGGAAUUCCGCCAAGACCAGUUCCAUCAGUGCAGGCGCAGAGUGUUUUUAAUAGCACUUUUACACCAUUAAAAUCAGAUCCACCGGUUGGUAUUGAUACAGAACCAGAAGAGUCUCUGGGCCCUAUCGAGCCACCAUAUCCCAGCCCGGCCUUUCGACGAAAUUACACUAUCCUGCGGAUGCAAGCUAAGGAAGCCUGGAAUGACUGGGUAGACCCAUUUUACCUCUACCCUCAGUUGCCCUUCGACCCGGCUCUGCCUUCCGAAGCUAAGUUCUUGGGCUCUCACACAGGAUUCCGGCCCAUCGGAAAGGGACUUGGCGGCGCAGGUAAAGAAUUUGGAGAAGCAUUGGGCGGAAACUAUCCACGAGAGCAAUUCACGAUCGUGAUGUUAACCUACGAAAGGGAACAGGUGCUAAUGGAUUCAUUGGGCAGGUUGUACGGACUUCCCUAUUUGCACAAAGUUGUCGUGGUUUGGAACUCCCCCAAGCCGCCAUUAGACGAUCUACGUUGGCCGGAUAUCGGAGUGCCGGUAGCUGUUGUGCGAGCUCCUAGAAAUUCCCUGAACAACCGGUUUCUUCCCUUUGAUGUUAUUGAAACGGAGGCAGUGCUUUCCGUAGACGAUGAUGCACAUUUAAGGCACGAUGAGAUUCUCUUCGGAUUCCGCGUAUGGCGUGAGCACCGUGACCGGGUUGUGGGCUUUCCCGGCCGCUAUCAUGCGUGGGAUUUGGGUAAUCCGAACGGCCAGUGGCACUACAACUCCAAUUACAGCUGCGAACUAAGCAUGGUCCUGACGGGCGCUGCCUUUGUACACAAGUACUACCUGUACCUCUACACCUAUCACCUGCCUCAGGCAAUUCGCGAUAAAGUGGAUGAGUACAUGAACUGCGAGGACAUUGCAAUGAACUUUCUUGUGUCGCACAUGACGAGAAAGCCGCCUGUAAAAGUCACAUCCAGGUGGACCUUCCGCUGUCCUGGUUGCCCGGUUUCACUUAGCGAAGACGAUACGCACUUCCAGGAGCGGCAUAAGUGCAUAAACUUUUUCAGCCGCGUGUUUGGCUACACGCCGCUAUUGAACACUCAGUUCCGAGCGGACUCCAUCCUGUUCAAGACGCGCAUACCGCACGAUAAGCAAAAGUGCUUCAAGUACAUCUAGUCGUCCAAGUGAUUCCAUCCCCGUUACUAAUUUUAAUUCCGACAACGGUGACCACUACGACUUACCCUACCGUAGUGGCCAUCAGCUGAAUAUAUUCUAGAGGUAAGCACAAAGUAAACUUAUCAGGCUUGAUCCGGGUUUCACUUAAUUAUGUUUUAGGUACGUGGCAAGAUGCCUGUGCAAUUUUUUUAAAUUUAAUAUUUACUAGUUUGUAUUAAUUCUAAGUAAUGCCAUAAUCAAAUUAUUUAUUUGUUUGACUAUCAUUUUGUGUCUUAUAGUUGUUGUUUAUUAUAUUAAUUUAUUUAAUAGACAAUUUGUAAACCAAAAAAUGCUCUUAAAUAAGAAACAAAAUGUAAAAUUUCAAUAUAUGUAGAUAAGAUUUGAAAUUUGUGAACACCGGAACAUGUCCGUAUUUAUGUAUAUACUAUAGUUUGACCUUAGACCGAACCCGAUAAGCUCACAUAGCACUGCUCGCUAAAGUCUGAUCAGUUAAAUCAUAUUCUUUAAUUCCACCCUCGACUUUUUGCAAUGAAAUUUUUUAAAGUGGAGUUGAAAAUAUAGACUGUAAGCUACACCAAACCAAUUUGCAAUACUUUUAAUCAUGGUUUGUUUUUAGGCUAAGUUUUUUUUCAAUUUUUACUUUGUAUAUAACGCGGAAUAAAAAAGAAUUUUGUAUCGUCAUGAAUUGGAACUUUGAAAUUAUUGUGAUGAGCUCUUUUCCAUAUUUGUCAGUUAAAUUACCUUUAACCAUAUUUCAUUGUGAGCAAUACAUGGCUGGCUCUUGGAUAGAAUGACAGAAGGGUUCUGAGACCGUCCUUUUGAGCACACCUCGCGGCCGAGAAUUAUGCUGCAUCUAGUACCAUGAAGUCCUAGAAAAUGAACAAUUCCGAAGAAGCUCCCAUGGGCCGAUUCCUACAAUGUGAGCUGAAGCGGUGGUCAGUCUAACGCUGAACUUAGACAAUAGAGACGUCCGCACUCUGGUUUAGACCACGGGUAUUUUAUAUUUAUAAGUAUAAAUUAUUUGGAAUGCUGAAUACUCAGUACAGGAUUAAAGACACACAUGCGGUAAACGA